AUGACUAGAUAUUUGACAUCGCGGAAUGCGUUCUCUUUUUUCUCAACCACUUUAGGUGAGAGCAAUCUUUGGGAUUUCAAUAAAGAUGAGGAUGAGGCGAUAGAGGAAACAUUCAAGCAAGAAAAUAAGUGGCAGGAAGGAUGGGGAAAGGGGUUAGAAGACAGUGAUGAGACUGCGGCGAGGCUAGAGACGAAGGAAGCAAAAGUGACUAGCCUCUUUGGACGUGGAAUAGGUGAUAAAGAGGACGAAGAAGCAGCAGAAUUCCGUGCUCUCGAAGAGGCCGCUGCAGCACACCUUUCCACGUCCAGCAGGACGUACACUCCUCCCAGUAACUUUGUGAUGUUACAAAGUCCCGCUUCCACUACAGACGCGGCCUUGACUGCCAAUCCUGUGGCUGAGAUGCCGCCUACCGUCAGCACGACUGCUGCGGCUGUCGUGAACUUGCAUGUCACUAGUUCAGCUGAGCUGAAUCUACCCAGCCUCGAGGCAACUGUUGACAGUCGUGCCGGAGAUUCAUUGCUUGAUGAUCAACUUUGCGGCUUGGAGCGUUGCUGUCAGGCUAGUGGAGCCGGCGUUCGUUUGGCCGAUGGCGACUUUUUGCCACAACUUCUUCCUUGCCCCAAUAAUGGCCGAUUGCAUCGGGGAUCGCCUCAGUUGAGGGUGGAUACUGUCGAAUCUUUGGCGUCUUCUUUGCUGGUCCUCGACUGUUGUUCACUGGCCGACGGCCUCGAAGUCGGCUCGCUCACUGGCACUCGUCUGGCCUCGGCUUCUUGGGCUGGAUCGGCCACAUGCAAGACUGCCGCCAAAAACGCCACCGAGGCCCGUGGUCUGUAUGCCUUUAACACCGAUGUCGGUCGCAAUCACGGCUCCUGGGCUCCUCCCAGCUCCUCUAUACGUUCACCAUACUCGCCCAUCUCUUCGUCUACAUCACUUCUUUUGAUACAACCACCAUUUGCGAAGUCACCGUCUCUACCGUCACCACCAGCUACCGACCCUCAAAGUCGAAUCUUGAGGGCGACAGCCCAUCCCAGCCCUCCUCUUCCUUCUCCUCCUCCUUCUCCUCCUCCUUCGCCUCCUCCUCUUUCGCUGAAUUCGCCCCGGCUCCAGCCUCAACCAUUGCAGGCUGUUAUGCUCACCGACUGUUGGACAUUCAUGCAAGCCAGACAGGUGAUAAACAAACAUCUUGAACCCGAAAACAUGGACAGCUGGUGUUCGUCAAAUUUUCUUCAUGCGCAUAGUUCUUGGCUUGCUCCAAAAAAGCUCAACAAACAGGAGAAGAAAGAGGAGGAUGAGACCAACGAUGGUCUCGAGAUUGUGGCCAUUGUGGUUACAUGUGCUUCGCCAUCCCCUGCAACCUCAGCUCACAGGGUCAGACAAAUUGUGCUAGUAAGCCAAAGCUAA